CGGGCAAGGAGAUCAACGUCUGUGAUUAUAGGGCCAACCGGAGAGAGCAGAAAUAACGUGAGGUAGCAGGAGAGACCGUGGACAGUCAUAACAUCGAUCAGAUCGGGCUCCUAGAGGAUGUCUGCGACAACUGUCGAUCAGAGACCUAAAGGACAAGGAAACAAAGUGCAAAACGGUUCGAUGCAUCAGAAGGAUGCUGUAAAUGAUGAUGACUUUGACAAUUACCUGAGCAGCCAGACAAAUCAGAGUAAUAGCUACCCACCAAUGUCUGAUCCUUACAUGCCCAGCUAUUAUGCUCCCUCUAUGGGAUUCCCUUACUCUUUGGGAGAAGCUGCUUGGUCUACUGCAGGAGAUCCCCCUAUGCCCUACCUGACCACCUAUGGACAGAUGAGCAAUGGUGAACAUCACUUCAUUCCUGAUGGAGUCUUUAGCCAACCUGGUGCUUUAGGCAACACGCCCCCUUUUCUCAGUCAACAUGGAUUUAACUUCUUUCCUGGAAAUGCAGACUUUUCCACCUGGGGCACCAGUGGUUCUCAGGGACAGUCUACACAGAGCUCUGCGUAUAGCAGCAGCUAUGGUUAUCCCCCUAGCUCGCUGGGUCGGGCCAUAGCCGAUGGACAGGCGGGUUUUGGCAGUGACACGCAACUUAGUAAAGUUCCAGGGCUCAGUAGCAUUGAUCAGGGUAUGGCCGGGCUCAAGCUUGGUUCCGACAUGUCGGCUGUUACAAAAACGGUGGGGUCUCCUUUAGGAAGUACGGUGGGCAUGAGCGGCAUGGGUGCUAACAGCAUGCCCCCCGUCAGCUCCACUGCUCCCAAGCCGGCGUCUUGGGCGGCAAUCGCCAGGAAACCUGCAAAACCCCAGCCCAAGCUAAAGCCGAAGCCCAACAUGGGUUUGGGAGGCGGUGCAACAAUCCCUCCUCCGCCCAUAAAGCAUAACAUGAACAUUGGAACGUGGGAGGACAAAGGCUCCAUUACCAAACCCCCUCUUGCUCAGCAGAUGCUGGCCCCACAGCCGCUGAUGCAGCAGCAACUCAUGCCCCAGCCCCAACCCAUGUUACAAAGUCCAUUGCCUCCUCAACCCCAACACCAACAACUCCAGCUACAAUCCCCACAGCACCCCCAGCAGCUGCCCCCAGGUCCUCACCACCACCACCAUCAUCAUCACCAUUCACAACCUGGUCCUCCCCAACCCCUACACCCACCUCAGCAGCAGAACCCACCACCCCAAAACCGCUGGGUGGCCCCUCGAAACAGAGGAACCGCCUUCAACCAGAACAGCGGAAUGGAGAACUUUGGCCUUGGGACGGGAGUCCCCAUGAGCUCAUCGCCAUCUUCCGGUGAGGUUCACCCUGUGUUGGAGAAACUGAAGGCCCUCAAUAACUACAACCCUAAAGACUUUGACUGGAACUUGAAAAACGGACGGGUCUUUAUUAUCAAGAGCUACUCGGAGGAUGACAUCCAUCGCUCCAUUAAGUACUCCAUCUGGUGCAGCACAGAGCAUGGAAAUAAGCGCCUGGAUAGUGCCUACCGUUCGCUUGGUGCCAAAGGUCCGCUGUACCUGCUCUUUAGUGUCAACGGAAGUGGACACUUCUGCGGUGUGGCUGAAAUGAAGUCGAUUGUAGACUAUAAUGCCUACGCCGGCGUCUGGUCCCAGGAUAAGUGGAAGGGCAAGUUCGAGGUGAAAUGGGUCUUUGUCAAGGACGUGCCCAAUAACCAGCUGAGGCACAUUCGUUUAGAGAACAAUGAUAACAAGCCGGUCACCAACUCCAGGGACACUCAGGAAGUGCCCCUAGAGAAGGCAAAGCAAGUGCUUAAAAUUAUUGCGACUUUCAAGCAUACCACCUCAAUCUUUGAUGAUUUUGCACAUUACGAAAAGCGUCAGGAGGAAGAGGAAGCCAUGCGAAGGGAGCGAAAUAGAAAUAAACAAUAGGUUUACAGCGAUCUCCCAGGUAGGACGUCAACACUAAUGAUGUAGAACCUUAAAUAUUGCAUAACCUCAGAGGAAGAAUGGGGUUCUGAUGUAUUUUCUGCUGAAGAUGAUGUAUGAACACUUACCAUAAUAGUGGACUUCCCCGUGUCAACUUCUGAUGGAUCUGCCCUUUUGCUCAAGUCACGCACGAAACGGAAAGAAAUCACUCACGUAAACUGUAUCUUAAAGCACUUUCAGCCCUUCUAAAAGCUUCUACCAGUUCCCUUAACUAUCAAUGGACAUCUGUUCGGUAUUAACUGACUAACCAGUGUAGUUGGUUCUGAGGAUUUCAAAUGUAUUUGUAGUCUUCUUGUUUUGUCUUUUUGUUUUGGUUCGUUUUUGUAAAUCCUUCAAUUUUAACACACUCAGAGGAGAAAUGAUUUGUCCAUAGAAAGAAAACUCUUUACUUGAAUCGAAGUGAAGCUGUAAAAGCGUGGACGAAGUUUUUGCGUCCCACCCAAGUCAGAAUAAUCACGUCCGUUUAUUGUAGACUGACUCCACAGUAGCCCUUUCACCUUUGUGUAUCAGCAUAUAUUUCUGUGUACCAAAAGAUGAUAAUAUUAUGCAGCUCGGUGAAGAAUGACACAAGCCAAUGCACAUUUUGUUUUCUUUAUCUUCCUGUCAUUCAAAAAGUGCAUUUGUCUUAGGAGAACCCUGUUCAACAACCUCUACGAAAGUCAGCGUUCUUGAGUUUUGAUGUUCUGGAGAACCUAUAUGUACUGCAUCUGCUGCUACUUGAAAAUUUAGCAAGAACGUGACAGUUUUCUCCUAUAGGUGACUCACUAGAUAAAAUAAACAUUAUCCAUGUUUGGCGAUCCCACGUUUUGAGUUUUUCCUUGAAGAAUGUGCCGUUUAACCCUUAUUUUAAUGGCGUGAAACAUUAUCCGUAUUGUCUAAAUUCCUAUUGCAUGAGAACUUUUGGUUUUGCUGUUUGCAACUAUAUACUGAGCAUUAUUCUGAGGCCAUGCAAAUGAAACAAUCUAUUUAGGUCUUGAUUAUUUUGAUUGAAUGAUAAAAGUAAUAUUAUCGCUAUGGCCUGACGUUACAGUCCAAAUGUUACCUGCCGGGGUCCAGUGGCACAGUGUUGCUCCCCCAUAAGAUAUACAAACAUCUGUGAGUAAUGCAAAGUAAUUACAGUCUCUGCUAUUUCCUGUUUGUUCACUGGAAGCUGCCUUCUCCACAAACCACAUAACGCUGCUCUUGCUUCAGUAGGAUGAUGUGGGUAAGAACUGGACCCAGUGGGUUCAAGUUCUUCGAUCGAAAUCGACCAGACGACGGUUCUGCUGAGAAGAGACGCCUUUCACCCCUUCCUCUGUGUGCUUUGAUUUAAGGCCGUGUUUGUAUGGGUUACUGUAAAUCAAUGCUUCUUAAUGAUGCUGAUGCUAAUCGAGGUAUGAUGUGAUUAUUAAUUGAUUUGAAAAAUAAAUAUAGAUUUAUUGAAACAGA